UACGCGAUGACAUCAUCAAGUCGUUGCAGUCCACACCCUUUCGCCAUAUUUCCAGACCAACACACAGAGAAAGGGGAGAGGUUAGAAAUUAAUGUUGUUGAAGGCACAGACAUCACCCGGACCGACUCAUCAGGGAAGAUCGAAAACCUGUAAACUGGAGACACACGGGGAACCAAUAUAAAACACACCAAUUUACUAUACACGCAGACACUUCCAUCCCUACUCGAUUCCUAUUAGAAGCAAUACAUCUCUUCUCCAAGAUGGCAGCUAACAAGCCUAAAGGACAGAACUCCCUGGUUUUACACAAAGUGAUCAUGGUCGGGAGUGGGGGUGUAGGAAAAUCAGCGUUAACGCUCCAGUUCAUGUAUGAUGAGUUUGUGGAAGACUAUGAGCCUACCAAAGCAGACAGCUACAGGAAGAAAGUGGUGCUGGAUGGGGAGGAAGUGCAGAUUGACAUUCUGGACACUGCUGGACAAGAGGACUAUGCUGCUAUCAGAGACAACUACUUUAGGAGCGGGGAGGGCUUCCUCUGUGUCUUCUCCAUCACAGAGCUCGAGUCCUUUGCAGCUACGGCAGAUUUCAGAGAGCAGAUCUUGAGAGUGAAGGAGGAUGAAAAUGUCCCUUUCUUGCUGGUGGGCAACAAGUCAGAUUUGGAAGACAAGAGACAGGUCUCUGUGGAAGAAGCAAAAACACGGGCUGAGCAGUGGAGCGUAAACUAUGUGGAAACAUCUGCAAAAACACGAGCCAAUGUGGACAAGGUGUUCUUUGAUUUAAUGAGAGAGGUCCGCGCACGGAAAAUGGAAGACAGCAAAGAAAAGAAUGGAAAGAAGAAGAGGAAAAGCCUUGCCAACAGAAUCCGAGAUAGAUGUUGCAUUUUAUAAUGGCAGGGUCACGUCUUCUGUUAUAAAUGUUGCAUUUUAUAAUGGCAGGGUCACGUCUUCUGUUAUAAAUGUUGCAUUUUAUAAUGGCAGGGUUACGUCUUCUGUUAUAGAUGUUGCAUUUUAUAAUUGCCCUAACGAAGCAACCCAGUUUGUUAGCAGGCCUGUCAAAAGGCUUGAGGAAGUGAAUUAACACAUACAGUUUUUUUGGGGGGGAUACAUCUACACAUUGCUUAAACAUACACAAAAAAAGCAUAAAUUCGGAACUACGGGAGGCAAAGUCUCUCAAAUGUUUCAUGUGGUGCCAGUAAAGGAUCACAGUGAACAUGUUAUCAUGAAUUCCUUUCUUCCCGACUAGGGGUACUUUGACAUAACACUCACAGAUCAGGCAAUGUCUUUCUUAUUCACUGGAAGCCACAGGAUUUCUUUCACAGACACUUUUCUGUUUUUAACAUCUUCUAAUGCCUUGAUUUUAAAUUGUGAAUGUCAACAGCAGUGUCCUAUGCGCCUUCUGCUAAUCUCAAUAUGCAAUUUUAAGUAGCAAACCUGAGUCAGACAUUGCCUUUUUUCCCCUCUAUCUUUAGCUAAAUUGACAGCUGCUCUAGUAACAAAAAAAGCUAUUGUAAGUAAAUAUUUGACUGCCUUAAUUUAACAGAAAACCCUAUGUUGGUAGCGUGAAGUGUGACUAUUUGUAUGCAUAAGAUAUUGUGAAUAGGUGUUUGCAAGUAGUAUUUGUAUGGAUUUCUAAUGUGUGCCAUAUUCGAAUAACCCGUGAUCUUUAUUAACAGAUCUUAGUUACUGUAUUUUACUGGUUGGUUCUGUUUACAGAGUGUGGACUUAAUCACAUUAUGAAGUGCUCUUGAGGGUAUCGGGUCCUCAAGGUAUUAAUUAUUUUAAGUUAAGCUUAAUUAGGUUCUAUUUGAAAAAAAAAAAAAGAAAAUAAUAAAGUCCAAGUCCCCUAAUUUGCAUAGUCCAAGAUAUGUAUGAAACUUGCAAUUACUGUUGUCUUGCAUUGACACAGGGACUGUUGGGGAUCAAUGCUUCAUGCUUUGAGGCAUGUUUGUGUCACUGAAGAGCUCCUGUAUGUCCAUCGGACAAAACAUGCUUCAGGUAAACUGGAAUGUUUGUGUAGACUCUCCCGCAAUGUGAACUAGCCAGGUAACCUACCUGAAUAUAUACCUGAAAAAGAUGCAAUGUAAAAGUGCUACAGCACUUACUUAUUGUACUCUAGGGGUUUGUGAAUCAUUUAAAAUUGUUUUUGGUGUGGUAGUUUUUUUCGUUUCACUGGUGAUCCUAUUGGGAACACACUUCCAUAAACUGAUCUUAUGCAGAAGGAAUAGGAAGAUUUCCUACCUGCUCUACCAACAGAAUUAUGUUAUGCUGUAAACUUUAAAUAAAGAAUAGCAGGGUUCCAAAAACUAAAUAUAGCGUUACACGUCCCCACGUGUUGCUACAACUGUUUAAAUAACGUACCUGUCAUUUCUUUUCAUUGUUAACAUCCUGACAACUUUUUACACUUGUAUAAAUUUAAAGUCUGUUUCAAAGCUCUUUUCAAAAUGUCUGAUCUAGUGUACUGGGGUUUGAGAUCUAUCCACUAAAUCACUGCAGGAAGAAAAACACCAUAAAAAGUGCUCUGGCUUUUCUGUUCCGUACCACAUCAUGGAUCAUUAUGGCAGUGUUACUUGUCUGACAAUGUGGGCAAUAAUCCUUAGACUAUCUGGGCACUAGAGCAGACAUUUUGAAAAGCAGUUUGAAACUAACUUUUUAAAGUUCAUAAGUUUAAAAAGAUGUCAGGAUGUUAACAAUGAGCAUUUAAACAGUUGUAGCAACACGUGGGGACGGGUAAUGCUAUAUUUUUUUGAAUCCUGCUACUUACUCUUUAAAUAGCAAACAAAGUGUAUCUCAAGCUUCUGAUUGUAAAAUGUAUAAUUCCUAGUCCCUUAUACCUUCAAUGUAGUAGGCAUCAAACUAAAAAGCCAGCACUUAAUUUGGGAAUGAGCUUGCACUGAUUUUAAAAUUAUGAAAAAAAUUAUAUUAAAAUAAAAUAAAAAAAACUCUUCUGUUGAUAAGGAUAACGUAUGAUAAUUGUGAUACCUUGAUUCCUAUGCAGAUAAGACUAAUUAUGGUAGGAUGUAGAAAUGUGUUUAUUUGUAUUGUUUACUAGAAAGGGGCACUCAUCAGGGAAUGGCAUUUGAACCAGGCUAAAGUAAACCAUAAACCAUUUAGUGUAGCUAUUUAAUUGACCAUCUGUUUUGCAACUAUAAUAAUUGGUGACUGCCUCGAGGUUGUAAACGAAUCCCUCAAUGUGUUCGUUUCAUUUUUUAAAAAAGAAAUGUUUAUAAACUUGACCACACUUCAUGGGAAGAAGCCUGUCAAUCAAUUCAUUGUAAACUUAAACAAAAACUUUUUUUUUUUUUUAAUAGUACGUGGCAAGCCUCUUUCUGUUAUUGUUGAGUUCAUGGAAGAGUUGCAAAAUAACAUGACUCAUUGGAGGAGAGGCUGAGAUCAAAUUUUAAUAAUAGCAACACUACCUUCAAAGCAGCGAAGCCGUAUCAAAUUACAAAACAAACAAAACCUGAAUGUCAGUGGAUUCUCUUCCUGGAUAAACAAUAAAGGUUUGAUUAGCAUCCUAGAUAAACAACUGCAUUGAACUGUGAUACAGACAAGUAACUGCUUUUGUCAUUUUUUUUUUUUUUUGUUGUUGUUGUUGUUGUUGUUGUUGUUGUUGUUGUGUGGUAGUUCUUCACAACUGCUCUUUCCAUUCAUGAUAACACUCACAGUGCAUCUCUUAUGAGAUUGAUGGCCAGGCAUUGAAAUACAAGCUUGAAAUCAUUCUUCUAAUUUGAUGAAUAAGAAUGUAAUCAUAAACUGCUCGAAACAGUUCCCAUGAAGUGUGGUUCUUUUCAAAACCAAAAAAUUGAGACGAGGAAAUCAAAUACACUAGCAUCUGAGGUAAGGUUUACUGCACUUAAUUUCAGUCUAGCAUCUAGUUCUUAAAUGGCAUGUAACCCGCAAUAGGUUUUGAAAAGUCUUGUUUAACAGCUAGUGACAUUUGUGUAACUAAAGCCAUUCUACAUAGGCUGAAAAGGUGAGUAUUGAACUGCUUCUGACCAGUUUCUGUAAAAUUAAUGCAGUAGGCAAAUAAACUGUAGAACUUUUGUAUGUUGGCUACAAAUGUGCUUCAGGAGCAAAGAAAGAAAUUAAUUCCAUUAACUUAUUACUCAUAUGAAGUGUAUAAAGACUUAAGUCCAACUCUGUAAGAGAAAUGAACAUACAGCACAUAUGUAGAUACAUAAGAAUUUAAAAAUAAGUGAAUCCGGCGGGUCGGGGGGUGGUGGGGGUGGCAUUUAGUGCAGGAUCAUACUGAUUUUAAACCUCCCUGUAAAUGUGUGUCUGUUAGUGAACUGCUACGGCCAAAGGUUUGCAUCGCCCUAUAGAAUGAACUCAUUUUGCUUCAUAAAGUCAAAUGAAACCUGCUGGAUAAUGUUGUUAACAUAUCGAAUAACAUACCGCUUUGUAGUUUUCCCAUGUACUGUACUUAACGAAAAACUGACAUUAAAAAAUAUGACAUUUUGAAAUCGAACAUGAAAUACUGCACUACUAUGAUGGCUUCCGGUGGACUUUUGCGAUAUCAUUUUGUAGUUUCUUUGAUUUACAUGAAAAAAUUCUACAAUUCUAGGUGAUGCAAAACUGUUGGCCAUAGCUGUAUGUGUGAAAUAUAUGUGAUUUUCAAAGGUUUAAGGAAUUAUGUCUUAAGCUUUUUGUAUUUAUUUAGUCUGUAUUGCUUGUAGGCCUCUGUUUGCAGCUAGAUGCUAAUGUCUGAAUUUCAAUGUGAACCUUUGGGUGGUCUCUCUUUUAUUAAUGUUGUGCAGAUGCUUUGUUGUGUAGCUCCACAUUUCUUAACAAUUCUGAUUUAACCUAAAACCACUAAUAUUGUGACUUGCUGUAGCUGUGCGACCUGGGUACUGAGACGCAAUGAUGCUUACUGAUGUACUGAACAUCUCCUGUUUUUGAGGCUGAUGCCCUUACCCACUCCUUUUUCAUUGCUGUACUUUUUGAGAAAAAAAUUAAAUAAACUUCAAUUUUUUUUUUUAA